GCCGAGCUCCGCCGAGUCCCCACGCAGCCGUCGAGAUGGGUGAGUCAAAUGAAGAUAUAGACCAAAUGUUCAGCAAUUUGCUGGGAGAGAUGGAUCUCCUGACCCAGAGUUUAGGAGUUGACACUCUUCCUCCUCCUGACCCCAAACCACCCAGAGCUGAAUUCAACUACAGUGUGGGUUUUAAGGAUUUAAAUGAGUCCUUAAAUGCGCUGGAAGACCAAGAUUUAGAUGCUCUCAUGGCAGAUCUGGUAGCAGACAUAAGUGAGGCUGAGCAGAGGACAAUCCAGGCACAGAAAGAGCCCUCUCAGAAUCAGAAUCAUCCAGCACCCCUGAACAUACCAGAUUUCAGCGGUGCAGCCGCUCUUGGUUACGGAGCAAAUGUUGCUGUAACUAGUGUUAGCCAGUAUGAGGAUGAUUUACCACCUCCGCCGGCUGAUCCCAUGUUAGACCUUCCACUGCCGCCACCACCUCCUGAACCUCUCUCUCAGGAAGAAGAAGCAGCCCUAGCCAAGGCUGAUAAAAUUAAGCUAGCAUUGGAAAAACUGAAGGAAGCCAAGGUCAAGAAGCUUGUUGUCAAGGUGCACAUGAAUGAUAACAGCACUAAAUCGUUGAUGGUGGAUGAGCGGCAAUCAGCCCGGGAUGUUCUAGACAACCUUUUUGACAAAACCCAUUGUGACUGCAGUGUAGACUGGUGUCUUUAUGAAAUAUACCCAGAACUUCAAAUUGAAAGGAUUUUUGAAGACCAUGAAAAUGUUGUUGAAGUCUUAUCAGACUGGACAAGAGACACAGAAAAUAAAGUGCUAUUUUUGGAGAAAGAGGAAAAAUACGCUGUAUUUAAAAACCCCCAGAAUUUUUACUUGGAUAACAAAGGAAAAAAAGAAGGGAAGGAAACAAGUGAGAAAAUGAAUGCUAAGAACAAGGAAUCCUUACUUGAGGAAAGUUUCUGUGGAACAUCUGUCAUUGUGCCAGAACUUGAAGGAGCUCUUUAUCUGAAAGAAGAUGGAAAGAAAUCCUGGAAAAGGCGCUAUUUUCUUUUACGGGCUUCUGGAAUUUAUUAUGUACCCAAAGGAAAGACUAAGACAUCUCGAGAUCUGGCAUGCUUUAUACAGUUUGAAAAUGUCAACAUUUACUAUGGGAUUCAGUGUAAAAUGAAAUAUAAAGCACCGACUGACCACUGCUUUGUUUUAAAGCAUCCCCAAAUUCAGAAGGAGUCCCAGUAUAUCAAAUAUCUCUGCUGUGACGAUGCAAGAACCCUAAACCAGUGGGUCAUGGGAAUAAGGAUUGCCAAGUACGGGAAGACUCUCUAUGAUAACUAUCAGCGGGCUCUGGAGAGGGCCGGGCUCGCCUCUCGGACGAACCUGAGUACUGUCGGUGCAGUUCCACCAGCCCCACCUGCUACAGGACCUAAAGCAGGCACCACCCAGGCCAAUGGGCAGAUUCCCCAGGCUGCACAUUCUGUAAAUGCUGUUCUUGAAGAAGCCCAGAAGCAGGCAGAAACUACUAAGCCGCCUCCCGUUGCCAGCAAAAGACCUCCCGCUCCCCCGAAGAGGAAAGAGAAUCCAGGACCACCUGGUGGAGUAGGGAGCGGAGAGCAAGAUUUCAUGUCCGAUCUCAUGAAAGCUUUGCAAAAGAAAAGAGGCAACAUGUCCUAA